UUAGAUAAGCAGUUCUUGAGUAACCCAGAAGUUGAGAAUUUUCGGACUCUGGCCCGAGCCUUUAGUGGAGUGUCGAAUCCAUGAGAUCAGUCCGCUUAUGAAAAAUGUGUCUGUGCCCUGUUAACUUUGAGUAUUUUGGGGGUGUGGGUUUCACGAGUGCGCUGGCAGUGGACCCACGAAGUUUGUCUUUGCGGUGUCGAUCUCAGAAACGUUAUUCAUCAGCGAUAGGCUGCAUUGAUAUUUCUUUUCCUAACAAUCAACUUUACGGAAGACACGUCCCACGCUCCGAUAUCAGUCUGUUUAGUUAUUUGCAACAAUGGGCACGACUAAAAUUACGAUCCCUUCUCUGCCCCUCGAGAUAGUGCAGCAGAUAGCAGAUUGUGUUGAAAUAGUGCAUCGACCUAGCCUUUUCGCCUUCAGCCUAGCUAGCAGGGCUUGCCACAGGGCUGCAGCGUUUCUCGUUUUUCGGAAACUCAGUAUCACGAUCCAUAAUCGUGAAGGAUUGCGGCGCGACGCUGAUAGACUUGUUGAGACUCUCUUCCGUGCGGAUUCCGCUCGUCAGGUCCAAAACAUCACUAUCAAAGGGGCUCUACGCCUCAACACCAAAAGGACAGACAUAUAUAACCCUGAUGAGUGUUGGCUUAGACGAUCUGGCCUUGCCGAAAUACUGGUUGACGAAGAACUCAUGGACAACUCCCGCCGAUAUGUAGUCUACGAUGAACGCGUCAUUGAAGAGUCUUCUGAAGAAGACAUGGCAUGGGCUCCUAUUGUGAGCCUGCUACAAGCGCUACCUGGUCUGAGAGACCUAGUCUAUGACUGCCAAAGUCAACUUCCGCCAAGUCUUCUAAGGGCUCUCCACGAGCAGCAUCCUCUUUGCAGACUUCAUCAUCUCACGUUCCGGUUCCGAACCUUAUUGUGGGGAGUUCCUUAUCCCUACGAGAUGGAGCUUGCCACGUCUCCAUCUCUGUACAGAGUGAGAGUUACAUGCACCUAUCAAGAUUCAGACGGCGACUUUGAUUUCAAUCGGGACGCCGUAAUGGAGCUUGCCGCUGGGCUUGCUCCCAAUCUCAAGGAGGUCACUAUUUUGGAUCUCAACCCAUAUCUUUCCUCCAGUCAACGUAGCGUGCGAAAGCCGUCGUGGCAAGGUCUUCCAGGCUGCAUCGGCGAGGGAACUGGGUCCUUGACAUCACUGUCACUCAAAGGAUUCGAAGGUUUCAUAAGGCCAGCCCAGCUACAGAGCUGGGCUAAGCAUACGGACUUUGCUCACCUGCAGCACCUCGUCCUUGGGGGGCUAAGUUUAAUUUUUCCAUGUGGACUCAGUGGUGAGACAAUGGAAUGGAUUGCUCGAAACCUUUCAUUUCCCUACCUCAAAACGCUCGUUGUUUAUCUUACCCGCGACGACACUUUCAUCGAAAGACCUCACUACAAUGAGAACGCAAUAUCUUUUUUUCAGGCUAUCAACUCUCUUGAGGAGCUGUCUAUUAAUGGGCCGAUGGAGCCACAGAUUAUAGACGCUGUCUUGAACCAUUAUGGACCGACACUCAAGAAACUUAGGUUCAACCCAAUGGAACAUAUGUCAGAUCGAAUAGUGCAAAUACAAGCUCAGUGUCCAGUAUUAGAAGAGCUCGCGAUUCCAGUCAUGCGCAAUAAGUCGAGUGCGUCCGAGACUGAAAUCUACAAAUGCUUUGGCAAAAUGAAAAGUCUGCGAUUUCUUUUCCUCACUCUGGAUUGUGCAAACUGGCGGAUUGGGCGCGACCCGACAUACGACCCCUGCUUUAAUGAGGGGGAUCAAGAGCUUGCUUGGAUCCAUACAAAAAACGUCAAGAGGGGCAACGUGAGAGAAGCAUUAAUCAAUAGCGCAGUAGAUGAGACGCUGGCUCGCUCAAUCUGGGAGAUAAUUGCCGAGAACAAGACAGGCAGACGGCUAGAGCAACUUAAGCUGUGGACGAAGAAUGGUGGUAAUUUCGCCUCAACCGCGUCCACAUACGCUAUUAGCACUGCCGCCAAGAGUAUGAGUCGGUCGUGGCUGAUUAAGCGCCUUCCGCGCGAUGAUACGGAAGAUAUCGCUGUGAAGGAACUGGGGCAGUGCGCAAGGGAAACUCACGAACGGGAAUCUAGUAAGAAGUUGGAAUGUGUGGUUGAACGAAUAUACCAUUCUAUCUGGCCACGUAAAAAAGAUAGCAAAAAUUGGCGGGAUGACUGGUCUAGUUUUCCCCUUGAGAGCUAG